GGGAAGUGACUGCGGCUCCACCCCAGCUCCUCAGGAGUCAGCCAGCUCCCUGUCCACACAGCCUCGCACUCAGCCAUGAUAAGGACAGGCUUCUGGGUGGCAGCAAGAUUUGGCCAGAGAGCCCUCCUUAGGGCCCCCUGUCUCCAGCCCAGAUUCAGCCCUGCUCCAGCAUGCGCGUCCUCCACAAACUCGCUGGUCUCAAGAUUCUGUCCAGAGAAGACAGACUUGAAAGAUUAUGCCCUUCCCAAUGCCAGCUGGUGUCCAGAUAUGCUGAGCCUCUACCAAGAAUUUCUGGAGAAGACCAGGUCUGAUGGUUGGAUCAAACUGCCCUCCUUCAAGUCCAACAGAGACCACAUCCAGGGGCUCAAGCUCCCAUCUGGGCUGACGGUUACCUCAGACAAAGGUGACUGGCGCAUCUUCACCAGGUGCAUCCAGGUGGAAGGUCAAGGCUAUGAGUACGUCAUCUUUUUCCACCCUUCUGAGAAGAAGUCUGUCUGUCUUUUCCAGCCAGGCCCCUACCUGGAGGGGGCCCCCGGGUUUGCUCACGGCGGGUCCCUGGCAGCCAUGAUGGACGAGACCUUUUCUAAAACUGCCUACCUGGCUGGAGAAGGGCUGUUCACACUAAGCCUCAACAUCAGGUUCAAAAACUUGAUCCCUGUGGGCUCUCUGGCUGUCCUGAACGUUGAUGUGGAAAAGAUUGAGGACCAGAAGCUUUACAUGUCCUGCAUCACCCAGAGUGGAGACCAGCAGACGGUCUAUGCCAAGUGCUCAGGUGUUUUCCUUCAGCUGAAGCUGGAAAAAGAGUCAUCCCAGUAAGAGUCGCUGUGCAUUCCGGAGAGCCUGCUGCUCACUGCCCUGCCCUCCAAGGCUCCACUGGUGGGGAGAGGGUGUCUCCAGGAAGUGAGUGGGGUGGGGGGAACGGGCCCUAGAUUCUGGGCAAAUAAAGUCUCACAGCCCCAUUCUCAGCCCCAAACCUCUCUGCUGUUAGAAAUAAAACUCCACUCACAAACAAGAUUCACUGAGCACCUGCCAGGAGCCAGGCACUGGCUGAGGCCCCAGGCACCACCACAGUGGCAGACUUGAGGCUCUUGGCCUCAAGACGCACAACUGGGGGACUAGACCAGAGGCCAAGAGCACAGAGUCCCCAUACAGCUCCUCUCAGCCCCACCCUGGCUCCCACCAUGACCGCAGGGCAGGCCCAAAGAGAGGAGGGUUAAUUCCACUCUGAAAGCAUCAGAAAAGGCUUUCCAGAAGAAGCUUUGCCUGCUUCUCACAAGCGAAGUGGAGCUCAGCAGACAGGCAGGGAGGGGAGGAUAUUCCAGGCCAAACAGCAGUAAGAACAAAGGUUCAGAGGCUGGAAGAGCCCAGGGCUUCUGGAGAAGCGUGAGGUGGGGAGUGGCCAGAAGGUUUCAUAAACCCAGCAAGGAGGCUUCAUAAACCCAAGAGGAGGCUUCAACUUUGUCUGCUGGCAACCAGAAGCCUUUGAAGGCCUUCUGCUGGGGAGUUAGAGAAAGCUUUGUUACUUAGAAAGAUGACUCUGGUGGCAGCAAGAGGUCCAUGGACUGAAGGUAGGAGCACUGGCUAUGCGGCCCCUGCGGGCUCCACUGGAGACAGCAGGGCCUAUGGGGGUCAGAGCCCUAAAGUCAAGACAGAUGUGAAACGGUACUGACAAAACAAAUGCAGCACUCGGCCACGAAUGAUGCAUGGUGGGCCAGUGGGGAGAGCCAUCUAGCCUCCAGAUGGCUGGGGGGGGCUCCAAGUGGUACCACUGGAAAUACAAAAUGAGCGGGUUUGAGGCAGGGGCAGAGAACGAACUCAGCUUUACAUACACCGAGCAUGAAGUGUCCGUGGAACUUGCACCACAUGGCAAGUGCCAGCAGGAACCUGGAUGUCCUGAUUCAGAGCUCAAGAGAGAAGAGCUACUGACUGAAUUUGCGAGUCAACAUAAAAUCUGACACAGAACCCCUGGCUCAGGGAGUGAGUGAAAAUAAGGAAGAGGCAAGGAGAGUGAUAGGUAGGGGGAGGGGCCAAAGACAGAACCUUAGGUCACACUAAGGCUUAGAACUGGGACAGAAGAUCAAGGACCCACAAGGAGUUUGAGAAUAGGACUGGAGUGACUGUCCUCAAGGUGACCAGGUCAGCAGCAUCAAAUACUGAAGAGAAGGCAGGAAAGACGAGAACCGAACAGAAGCCUUUCGCUUUGGCAGUAAGGAAGGCGGUGUUCUCCUUUGCCAGAGCAAUUUUACUUAGUGGGAGAAAAAUCCAGAUUACAGUGGACAGAAAUAGAAUAGGAAUGGGGAAUGAGGAGAUGAAUGUAGAAAACUCUUUCUAGGAAUUUUGUCGUUGUUGCUAUUCAAAGAAAGAGAUGUGGCUGUAUUUACAAAUUUUUAGUGGAGAGAGGCUGAAGCUUUUAGGGGAGAGAGAGAGGUGCUAUCCAACAGCCCAGCUCUCUGGUCUUGGAGGAAGAGCACUGGUGAAGUCGGGAGUCAUGGGAAAGAGAUGGGGUGCAGAGCAGGGCAGGAAGUGGGGGUGCACUCCAGGGAGCCUCAGCUUUCUCAACAAAAUAGGUUCCAAGGCCGUCAGUGGGGGAAGGGGUCUGAAGAAAAGGAGUGACUUGGUAAAGCCACUGUGCUGUGGAAAUCAGAAAAACAAAUUGACUAAAUACGUGUGUGAUGAAGGCUUGCUGCAAGCCCAGUUGCAGCAGAAAACAGGUAUCUGGAGUGGCACCAGCCUGGGGUGAGAGGGGC